CUUUCAAUUUAUAAUUUUUUUUUUUAACCAGACAUAACAUUAGCACAUGCAAUAUUCUGUCAUAACAUCCUAUGCUGUGUCAAAAAUGAUUUCUUUGCACCAGGGUUGGGCAAAUUUACCUAAAAAAGUUCACAUUUGAUUUUUUAUAAUGGGCAGAUGAGCCUGUCAUCCAAGUCAUGAGGUAAAAAUUGUUUUGUCAAAAUGUGUAUGGAAAAUAUGUAUUAGAGUUUGGUUGUAUAAUAAAAUAAUCAUGCUAAUUAUCUUGCGUAUUAUUUAUAAUACAUUCAAUUCUAACUAAUGAACCAAUUAUUUAAGAAAAUAAAAAAUGCUAAAUCUAUAUGUAACAUUGUUUCUUUUACUAACUUUUUUCAUUUCAUUAUUAAAAAUGAACCAAUAAACAAAUAAUUUAAUUAGAUAGGGCCUUCCCUAAAACAAUUUGAGGAACAAACAGUAAAAUGAAUGCAACAACUAUAACAGUUCUCUUGAUAAUGUAAAUGCUCAGUAGGUCAGAUUAAAGAACCUGUGGGCCAAACAUUGCUCACCCCUGCUUUACAAAGAUGCUCCUUUUUGAUUCAACAGAAUGUCUAUUAUUGUGCUUGUAGUUCGUAAGCAAUGAUAAACAUUUAUUUCUGCCUGAAGGAGUAAUCAUUAUCUUAGUAAAUAUGCAAUAUUAAGCUAUUGUAUUGGAGCUUAUGAGAAGAUGACGUGUUCAGUGAGUGCAUGCUACAUCAACUUUCACAGUGUUAGUUCAUUUCAAUACAAUGUGAAUAUACAGCAACAAUCAAGGAUACGGCGGCACGGUGGAUGACUGGUUAGCGCGUCAGCCUCACAGUUCUGAGGACCCGGGUUCAAUCCCCGGCCCCACCUGUGUGGAGUUUGCAUGUUCUCCCCGUGCCUGCUUGGGUUUUCUCCGGGCACUCCGGUUUCCCAAAAACAUGCAUUAAUUGGAGACUCAAAAUUGCCCGUAGGUGUGACUGUGAGUGCAAAUGGUUGUUUGUUUGUAUGUGCCCUGCGAUUGGCUGGCAACCAGUUCAAGGUGUACCCCGCCUCCUGCCCAAUCAUAGCUGGGAUAGGCUCCAGCACGUCCGCGACCCUAGUGAGGAGAAGCGGCUCAGAAAAUGGAUGGAUGGAUGAAUCAAGGAUCCUUUUGAAGUGCCUUAGUAUUAGAACAUGCCAUUUGAGGCCCUUCCUCAUUGUCAUAUGGUAAUUCUCUUCGUUCCAAAUGGCUCCCAGUUUAGUGGCGUCGCCGAUGCGCCCACAGAUUGAAACUUGAUUGAGACGUCUAUCAUCAUCUGAAUUUGGCGUUUUAGCAUUUUCGCCGGCGUCGUACUUGGCCCCCUCGUCUGAUUUGCCUGGACAAAGCAAGUGCGCCGUCAAACGAGUGCAGUGGUGGAGUAGGAAGAGUUGCUGAGAACGUUGCCAUGGUAACACCUCACUACUCACUCCGCGUUCUCUUCAUGAAAUUAAUAGGACAUGGUGAUGUUGAUGGGGAUGGUUUGUAAUAGUAAUCGGACCUUAAUCGCCAGAACUUUGGAUGUGUUUGACGUUUGCUGUAUUUUGUGCGCUUUUGACAGCUUAGCUCCCACUAACACACUCUUUCUGCUGUUUUCCUAAAACUACCUGUUUGUACACCUCGUUGUUUACAACUACUAACCAUCGACAGAAGUCUUUUCAUAUUGGCUGCCUCAAGAUUGAUGACGGUAAACUCAAUUGAAGUCACCAGCGAGAACUGAAGCGUGAUGCUCAGUUAACGCGGAAUCAUUUAGCAAAGCAGUAGUGGAAGAAUGACUGGGAGAGAUGGAACUCAGAUUAAUGGCUGUUCCUCUGCCCCUGCAUCUUGUCUAUGAGGCUGGCAGUGGUGUGUGGGCGGCCUCACCAGCUGGGAUCAGGGGGAUGGAGAAGGCUGUUAUCUCACGCUGCCUUUAAUACAUUUAUAACACCACUCAGCGCAACUCCGCUGGUUUUAUUUUUGCACUGUUACUAGCUGGAAUUGGAAGAUAGAAAUAUUUAUUUGAUGAGCAUUUCUGCAUUCUAAUUUAUUCUUCUCAUCUGUUCACUUGUAACUGUGCACGAUGCCCGACAUCUGUCCAACUUUACAUUGUUGAAUGUACACUUAGUUUGUAUCAGUAGGUCAGCACACUUAAUGAGACUGAAAAGACAGAACACAUGAUGACAUGUUUGUAGGAGGUCUCUCUUCCCUUCCUCACUCCCUCCCUCCGGGUGUGUGUGUCUCUCUCUUCCUCUGUGUGAGCGGGUGUUACUGAGCAUGCAAUGAUUGUUAGUAAGAGCCAGUGAGGCAUCUAUAUAAAAGCGGAGAGUGACUUAUAGAAAGCGACAGCGACGCAUUACAGCCACCUGAAGACCGAGGUCAUAUCUGAGAGUUAAGACAUGGACUGCCACAAUGAAGAACGCAGCAGACCCCAGGAGGAGGAGGACAUCAUGGACAUCCCACUGGAUGACCCUGAGGCCAACAGGGCGGCCGCCAAGAUCCAGGCUGGCUUCCGUGGCCAUAUGACCCGUAAGAAGAUGAAGCCAGAGGACAAAGCAGAAGGAAAGGAGAGGCAGGAGGAUCGGGGGCAGUAGAGAGGGAUGACACAGCUGUGCCAGAGCAGUGACACCCUUGUCCUGGCCUGGAUGAAGAGAGAGAGAAAUAGGUGUCAGCAACGUAGCAAGCAAGUAUGGUUGCCUGGCACAAGCUGGCUAAGUAGGUUUUCAGGCGUACCUAUUUACCACAGGAGUUUCAUUUUUUCCUAUUCAACAUAAAUUAGUGGUAGAAGAUGAACAAUUUGAGAAUGUUUUUUGGUGAACUUUAGCACUCCUUCUGCUUCUCCAGCAGUCUUCAUCAGUCAGUGAAGAUGUUUUUGACCCAGGACUGGCAACUCACUGCAUGUACUUGUGAAACUUCUGGUUAUGCGCUAGUUUUAGAUGAUCUGUGAAUGUGAAAAUGAAUGUCCUCGAAAUGCAUAACAGGGCUUUUUUUUUUAAUAGUCUGUGUAUAAGCCUUGUGUGCAUCAUCAGUAAACCUCUAUGACUUAAAUUGUUGGUGAUUUGUGCAUUGUUUUGUUACAUGCUUGUAUCUUCAUAUUAUUUACACAUUGAUUCGCUUGCAAAAGUCAUUAAAGAUUUAAAUAAAAUCUGCAAAAAGUA